AUGAACACAGAAAGCAUUAAGAGGCUUGCUGAGGCGGACAAAAAAGCACACGACUUGAUACAGGAGGCGCGCCGGAGGAAGGAGGCGCUGAACGAGAGCGCAAUAAAGAAAGGCGAGGCGUACAAUGCAGAGCUGAUGGAGGCAAAAGUGGCAGAGGUAAACAGAUACUUCGUGCAGGCAAACGAAGAGCUUGCCCAAACAGAAAAGGCCAUAAUAAACAGCAUAAACGAGAAGAUAGAAAACAUAAAGUCAAAGGAAAAAGUGUGCGACGAAAUAGUGGACGAAAUAGUAAGCGCUGUAGUUGGAGCCACAGACUCGCUUUCUGGCCUGGCGGGGCGGCACUGA